AUGGCUAAGGUUGCUGCCCGCUUCCUCGAGGAAACGUUUGACUGUUCUGGACACCUUCCUCCGCUACCAUCAAAUCCUGAUCCGAGGAUGGAACCACCCGGAUGGGAACUCGACAUUUUCAUUGGCUAUGUCCUGUAUCGGACACAUCUCGCGAAAUGGACUGUGAUAAACGCUUUGUACUUGCUGGACAUUCUCAAGAAACGAUUUGAGAAGGGACGCGUGUUUUGUGGGCAUUAUUUAAUCCUCACCGCUCUCAUACUGUCAAUGAAGAUGUUGGCCGACGACGUAUACGCGCUCCAUUCUUGGGUGGCGGCAGCGGGGAAUCGGUUCCAUGGAAGAGAAAUUGCGCGACUGGAGCGCGAAGUACUGCGGCUGUUAGAUUACAACCUCCCUACUAAUAUUUCCGUGAAGACUCUGGAUGAAUUUGAGCGCAAACUAAUGCACACCUUCGGGGCCAGAGCUCCACCGAAGUUGAAUGCGACAAGAAAACCGAGCGGGAAGCCACCUGCGGUGCCGCCCAAGGAUGAUGCACCCUACGUCAUCUCGGCACAAAAUUAUCAAACUCCCCCUAUAACUCCCAUUGACGGCAACGAAGAGCCGAACGUUGUCCCUCCACCACCACACUCCUUCGGAGCACCCAGAGUACAAUUCGAACCCAGGCACUACAGAAGUCCAGUGUCAUCUCCAGCCGAGUCCGAGGAUGAGGAUUACCGUCCUCCAGUUCCGCCUAAGCCUUAUCCCAGGCACGAGGCAUCAAGAGCCAAUACCUACUUGUCCCCGGUAUCCCCUCCUCGGCCGUCGAGGUCCAUUACGCGGCGUCCAUCGACCCCCCAUGUUCCCCGCCCUCGAGCACCCAGCGUUCCCUCUGCGCCCAGCAUUCCUCGUGGACCCGUAGGACCGAUCUCUACCGCUUCUGAAGCUGCUGCACGCCACGCUCACGCCAUGAUAUCCGCUCAGUCUCGUCAACCGACUCAUCCGGGACUUCCUCGGCCUGCAGCUACACAACGGCCGAAGGCUGUCUCGACCGCUUCGGCGGCGGCUGCGCAUGCGAUACCACCGGUUUACCCUUUCCCGCAACCCAAGUCACAAACAUAUCCGUAUCCUAUCAUUAAUGCUCCACUGUAUCAGCCUGCCCAAAAUGUAACGGCCACGUCGACAAGGACAACCCUCCAGCCUACUAGUAGGAGGCGAGCGACUGCUGCUACUCCCGGUGCUGACAGUGGAUUUAUGCUUUUCAGACGGUAA